AUGGAUAACAAGGAUGAGACUUUGGAUGCUGUGCUGAAGGAAGCUGUUGAUUUGGAAAAUGUACCACUUGAAGAGGUUUUUGAGACUUUGAGGUGUAACAAAGAUGGUCUAACCACAGAAGCUGCUGAGCAAAGGCUUACUAUUUUCGGCUAUAACAAGCUUGAGGAAAAACAGGAGAGUAAAAUUUUGAAGUUCUUGGGGUUUAUGUGGAAUCCUCUCUCAUGGGUUAUGGAAGCUGCAGCUGUCAUGGCCAUAGCUCUUGCCAAUGGAGGAGGGAAACCUCCUGACUGGCAAGAUUUUGUUGGGAUUACAACUCUUCUUUUUAUUAAUUCGACAAUAAGUUUCAUAGAAGAGAACAAUGCUGGCAAUGCAGCUGCCGCUCUCAUGGCUCGUCUUGCUCCUAAAGCUAAGGUCUUUCGAGAUGGGAAAUGGACUGAGGAGGAUUCCUCCAUUCUUGUUCCAGGUGAUAUAAUCAGUAUUAAACUUGGGGACAUUAUUCCUGCAGAUGCUCGGCUCCUUGAUGGUGAUCCACUUAAAAUUGAUCAGUCUGCGUUGACGGGUGAGUCUCUUCCAGUAACUAAAGGCCCUGGUGACAGUAUUUACUCAGGUUCUACAUGCAAACAAGGAGAGAUUGAGGCUGUGGUGAUUGCGACGGGUGUUCAUACCUUCUUUGGCAAGGCUGCUCACCUUGUCGAUUCUACAAAUCAACAGGGUCACUUUCAAAAGGUGUUGACUGCCAUUGGUAAUUUCUGCAUAUGUUCCAUCGCGGUAGGGAUGAUAACAGAAAUCAUUGUCAUGUACCCAAUUCAACACCGUAAAUAUCGUCCAGGAAUUGACAAUUUACUGGUACUUCUUAUUGGAGGAAUUCCUAUUGCCAUGCCCACAGUUCUAUCUGUUACAAUGGCAAUUGGGUCCCAUCGCUUAUCUCUCCAGGGUGCUAUCACAAAGAGAAUGACAGCAAUAGAAGAAAUGGCAGGCAUGGAUGUCCUCUGUAGUGACAAAACUGGAACUUUGACAUUGAACAAGUUGUCAAUUGACAAAAGUCUUAUUGAGAUCUUUGCGAAAGGAGUAGAUCCAGAUACUGUCGUUCUGAUGGCAGCACGUGCUUCCCGGCUGGAAAACCAGGAUGCCAUAGAUGCUGCUGUAGUGGGGAUGCUGGCUGAUCCGAAGGAGGCACGAGCUGGUAUUCAAGAAGUUCAUUUCCUUCCAUUCAAUCCAACUGAUAAGCGAACGGCUCUGACAUACAUUGACAAUCAAGGUAUAAUGCACCGGGUCGGCAAAGGUGCACCUGAACAGAUUUUGAAUCUUGCACACAAUAAGUCAGAGUUGGACCGUAGAGUUCAUACGGUGAUUGAUAAGUUUGCAGAGCGUGGAUUAAGAUCACUUGCAGUAGCACGUCAGGAAGUUCCUGAUGGAAAGAAGGAGAGCUCAGGAGGUCCAUGGGAAUUUAUUGGUCUAAUGCCUUUGUUUGAUCCACCUAGACAUGACAGUGCAGAGACAAUAAGAAGGGCAUUGAACCUUGGAGUGAACGUGAAAAUGAUCACUGGUGAUCAACUGGCAAUAGCAAAAGAAACAGGACGCCGUCUGGGAAUGGGAACCAACAUGUAUCCUUCAUCAGCCUUGUUAGGACAAAACAAAGAUGAGUCUAUUGCUGCAUUGCCAGUUGAUGAGUUGAUUGAAAAAGCCGAUGGUUUUGCUGGUGUUUUCCCUGAGCACAAGUAUGAGAUCGUGAAGCGCUUGCAAGCCAGGAAACAUAUAUGUGGAAUGACUGGUGAUGGGGUCAAUGAUGCUCCUGCUCUUAAGAAGGCUGACAUUGGCAUAGCUGUUGCUGAUGCAACUGAUGCAGCUCGUAGUGCUUCGGACAUUGUCUUGACAGAACCUGGUCUUAGUGUUAUAAUCAGUGCUGUACUAACUAGCCGGGCUAUAUUCCAGAGGAUGAAGAAUUACACGAUAUAUGCAGUUUCCAUUACAAUCCGUAUUGUGCUCGGUUUCAUGUUACUGGCCUUGAUAUGGCAGUUUGAUUUCCCUCCCUUCAUGGUGCUGAUUAUUGCUAUACUUAAUGAUGGAACCAUUAUGACAAUAUCCAAGGAUAGGGUAAAACCAUCUCCUCUGCCAGACAGCUGGAAGUUGGCAGAAAUCUUUGCUACUGGAAUCAUACUUGGUGGUUACUUAGCUAUGAUGACUGUCAUUUUCUUUUGGGCAGCAUACAGUACAGACUUCUUUACUCACAAAUUUAAGGUUUCAAGCCUUCAUAAUGACAAUGGAAAGCUUGCUUCAGCAAUAUACCUGCAAGUGAGCAUUAUAAGUCAGGCUCUCAUAUUUGUAACGAGAGCAAGGAGUUGGUCUUUUGUUGAGCGCCCUGGCCUGUUACUUGUAACAGCUUUUGUUGUUGCACAGCUGAUUGCUACACUGAUUGCUGUUUACGCAAACUGGAGCUUUGCUGAGAUUGAAGGAAUUGGAUGGCGUUGGGCAGGCGUGAUUUGGCUUUACAACCUUAUCUUUUAUAUUCCACUCGACUUCAUCAAGUUCUUCAUCCGAUAUGCCCUCAGCGGGAAGGCUUGGGAUCUUGUCAUUGAACAAAGGAUUGCUUUCACGAGGAAGAAAGACUUUGGGAAGGAAGAACGUGAACUAAAAUGGGCACAUGCUCAAAGGACCCUCCAUGGGCUGCAGGCACCUGACACUAAGAUGUUCAGCGACCGCACCAGUUUUACAGAACUUAAUCAGAUGGCUGAAGAUGCAAAAAGGCGAGCUGAAAUUGCAAGGUUCAGAGAACUGACAACGCUGAAAGGGCAUGUCGAAUCAGUGGUUAGACUCAAGGGUCUUGACAUAGACACAAUUCCGCAAGCAUACACUGUCUAA